UAUACGCACUGUACCCACUGAGUUUUUCUAUGCUUACUAAAAACUUAUUUGGUACUUUAUGCAGUUUAGAACAUUAUGGUAUGUUCAGAAGUGUCUUAAGAAAUAAUAUUGGGGCCAUUAAGGGAAUUAGGAGUGUAUAUAAUUAUUUUAACAUGUCAGAGGCACCACUAGAGGAUUUUCCAGUUUGGGGUCUGUUGCCCAAAAAAGAGACGGGCGUUGUGUCCUUUUUAAAUAAAUAUCCAACUUAUGAUGGCAGAGGUACGGUCAUUGCAAUUCUGGACUCUGGGAUUGAUCCAGGAGCACCGGGUCUUCAGAGAACAUCAGACGGAAAAGUUAAGGUUAUAGAAAGGUUCGAUUGCAGUGGUUGUGCUGAUGUUAAUACAACAUGCAUAGUUACACCAACCGAAGGGACUAUUACCACACUUACAGGAAAAAAAUUGAAGAUACCUAGCGAUUGGCAUAAUCCUUGCGGAACCUAUAGACUUGGUGUUAAACAUGCAUUUGAUCUUUAUCCCGACAGGUUGAAGGAUCGCGUCAAACAAGAGAUCAAGAAGAAAUCCUGGGACGAAAGUCACCGGAGGAGCUUGGCUGAAGCUACAAGGAGCCUCGUGGAGUUUGAAUCGAAGCGUUCCACGUCGGCAACGUUGAGUGAGUCUGAGAAGCUCGAAAAAGAAGAUAUCGAUGCGAAGUUGGAGUUGCUGAAUAAUUUUGAAAAGAAAUACGCGUCUAGUGGACCUGUUUACGAUUGCAUUCUUUUCCAUGAUGGAACUAAGUGGGUCUGUUGUGUUGAUACAACUGAAGACGGUGAUCUGUCAAAGUGUCCUUUAUUAGGGGAAUAUAGUAUAACUCAUGAUUACGCUCCUCUGACUGAUACUGAUAAGCUUAACUUUAGCAUGAACGUCCACGAUAAUGGGGACGUUUUAGAAUUAGUAGGAGUGUGUUCAAGUCAUGGAACCCACGUAGCUUCCAUAGCCUCGGCGUAUUUCCCCGACACGCCGGAAUUAAAUGGUGUAGCCCCUGGUGCUCAAAUUAUCUCAUUGACAAUAGGAGAUGGAAGGCUGGGAUCGAUGGAAACUGGAACUGCUCUAGUCCGUGCCAUGAUUAAAAUCAUGGAACUGAAAAAGACACGACCUGUAGACGUAAUAAACAUGAGUUACGGCGAGCAUGCCCACUGGGUAGACGCUGGGUAAGUCCGAUUAUUGUAACCACCAUAUUCGUACGGCUCAAUUUUGUUUUCCAGUCGGAUUGGCGAGUUAUUGGAUGACAUUGUUAAUAAGUAUGGCGUGACAUGGGUUGCGUCGGCGGGUAACAACGGACCGGCCUUGGGAACCAUCAGUACUCCCUCGGAUAUGAGUAGGGAACCCAUCAUCAGUGUCGGCGCCUACGUUUCUCCCGAAAUGAUGGUCGCUGAGUACGCGAUGAGGCAAAAAGUUGCAGGUAGUCCGUACACUUGGUCGUCACGUGGACCAACAAUCGACGGUGGGAUAGGAGUUCACAUUUGCGCCCCAGGUGGCGCAAUCACAUCAGUGCCCAACUUCACCUUGCGGUACUCGCAGUUGAUGAACGGCACAUCAAUGGCUUCGCCCCACGUUGCUGGGGCGAUCAGCGUUCUGAUAUCAGGGUUGAUGCAAAGGAAGUUACCACAUACCCCUUAUAUUAUUAAAAAGUCGCUUGAAAAUACUGCUCAUUACUUGACUGACAUUGAACAGUUUGCUCAGGGAAGUGGCUUAGUACAAAUAGAUAAGGCAUUCGAUUAUCUUGUAGAAUAUAACGACAUAACCGAAAGCAAAAUACGGUUUAACAUAAGCUGCGGCUCAAAUAACGCUAAGGGCAUUAGUUUAAGGACUAAAUUAGUAAACUCGUCGUAUUUAUUCAAAGUUUCUGUCGAACCGUGCUUCUUAGACUCCGAUAACGUACCUGCUGAAGAUAAAAUUAAUUUCAAUAUGAAGCUAUGUUUGACGUGCAACGCCAGUUAUGUGAGCUUCCCCAGUUACCUUGACAUAUCGAAUGUGGCCAGAUUGUUCGCCGUUAAAAUCGACACGUCUUCAUUAUCUGAAGGAAUCCACGGUACUUUCAUCUGCGCAUAUGAUAGUAAAAACGUAGAAAAAGGUCCCGUCUUUAAAAUCCCAAUUACCGUAAUAAAACCCAAAGAACUUACCAGAGAGACUAAGUAUGUAGCUAGUUACAACAAAGUUUUAUUCCAACCGAACACAAUCAAAAGGCACUAUUACGUAGUACCCAGCGGAGCGACAUGGGCCGUCAUCAAAAUGCUUUCAGACGACGAUAAUGGUAGAUUCGUGGUGCACACGAUGCAGUUCGUUCCGAGAAGAAACUGCAAAACUCUUGAAACGUGCAAGACUUUGGCUGUUUCAUCCAACUUGGAAACGAACGUGCCAUUCGCCGUGCGUGGUGAUGAAGUCCUGGAGGUUGUGGUGGCGAAAUACUGGGCCAGCUUGGGCGACAAUGUUUUAGAUUACUCCAUCAGUUUCUACGGCGUCAAACCCAAUCAAACUAAUUACACGAUGGUUGGCGUUGAUGGAAUCAUGGCGAUGGAUGUUAGAACAUUGCAAACGGAGGAAAUUAUGGUCAACGUUUUGCUGAAGAAUUCCGUCCAAAUAAUAAAAGCUUCCGAAAGUAAAAUAUCUCCACUUACUGAACGUGAUGUAAUCCCUCCCGGUAGACAAAUUUACGAACUAGUCUUGGUUUACAACUUUUCGUUAACGAAACAAGCGGAAGUCUCACCGAAUUUUGUUCUGUUAAAUGAUACGCUGUACGAAUCCGAAUACGAGUCCCAAUUUUGGCAGUUGUACGACUCGAACCGUCAACUGAUGGGAUGUGGAGAUGCCUAUCCAAGCAAGUACACGGUUAAGUUGGAUAAAGGCGAUUACGUAAUAAGAUUGCAAGUCAGGCAUGACAAGAAGGACCUGCUAGAAAAGUUGAACGAACAGCCGAUUUUACUGAACCAAAAACUGAACAGUAAUAUAUCAUUGGAUGUGUACAACACGUAUUCCCAAGCCUUAAUUGGUGGUAAGAAAGCUGGAGUAACCCAUGUGGGCAAUGCCAGCACACUCAGCCAGUUCUACAUAGCGCCUUUGUCUUCUGAUAAAUUCAAUACAAAAACAAAUAAUACAGCACAUUAUUUAACUGGUUACCUCACUUGUGCUAAAGACGAGAACGGAAAAAGAGUGGAUACUUACCCCUUUAAGUACGUGUUACAUGACACAUCAGUGGUGAAAAAGAACAAUAACAACAAUAACACCAAUGGAGAAAAGACCAAAUUGGAUGAGUACAAUGAAGCCCUAAGAGACUUGAAAGUACAAUGGAUAUCAAAAUUAGACGGCCAAGCUGGAGAAAGUCUUUACAAAGAAUUAACUAAAGACUAUGAUGACCAUUUGCCCUUACAUGCUGCUUAUUUACAAGCCUGCGAGUCCCUGGAUAAAAAAAUAUUACCCACGGUUACCUUUAAGUCCGGCACCGUAGAUAAUGAAAAAAUCAUUUCGAUUUGUGAUAAAAUAAUCAAAAGCGUCAACGAGGAAACAAUUCUGGCCUUCAUUGGUCUGAAGACUGACACCAGAAACGACGCCGCCAAAAUUAAAACAAAUAUGGAACAGCAGAAAAACACGUACAUAGAAAGUUUAUGUCGUAAGGGUAUCGCUUUGUGCAGACUGUACGCGGAGAAAAGUGAGUCAACGACUGAAGACCUGGAAGCUAUAAAGGCAAUUUGGAGUACCGUUUUGAAGUUCUCGGAUCCCAGUGACGCAAAAAUCAACAACAAUGUUUUGUCGUUCUCCAUCUGGCACGCUUACGUCCAGAAACAAUAUGGAAGGGUACUGAAAUAUUUGUUCAAAAUGCAGGACGACAAACCCUCAAAGGAAGUGGAGGAAAGGAUUAUCGAAUUUGCCGAAGCUUUGAACUGGCAACACGUGAAAACACAUUUACAAAGAAGUUUGCCGUCUAAGUUCCCCAGUGCUUACAAACCGUUUUAGUAAAUGAAACAUCAGAUGAACACCUUAGCAUUAUGUAUAUUUUUUACUGUUACGCAAAUUAUGUACACAGGUGCCUAACCGUUUAUAUAAGCUUAGUGCAAGUAAUUAUGUUGGUAGUUAUUAAUUUUUAUAGACUAAUUGUUAUGAAACAACCUCUUAAAAUUGUUAAGUGAAUCAACAAUCUUAAGUAGUCGUUCUCUAACAUUUUAUAUAUUGUAAGUAUUUGUGAUUUAUAGUAAAUUGAUCAAUUUUUUUGUUAUGCUUUAUCAAUUGGUGUUAACAACAUCAUAUACGUAUUUGUUAAUGAAAUGUUUGAUAUGAUUCUUUAUAAAUCAAUAUAUUAAUUUUUAACGUGA